GAAGACACAUUAAAUUGAUAGGAUGAAAAAAUUUAAAAGAAGACUGUCCCUCACGCUCCGAGGAAGCCAGACUAUUGAUGAAUCAUUAUCUGAAUUGGCUGAACAAAUGACAAUUGAAGAAAACAGCAGCAAGGAUAAUGAACCUAUUGUGAAGAAUGGCCGGCCCCCAGCGUCUCACAGUAUGCAUUCCUUCCUCCACCAGUACACAGGCUCUUUUAAGAAGCCCCCUUUGCGGAGACCACACAGCGUUAUUGGAGGAAGCCUCGGCUCCUUCAUGGCAAUGCCCAGAAAUGGAAGCAGAUUAGAUAUUGUUCAUGAAAACUUGAAAAUGGGAUCAGAUGGUGAGAGUGACCAAGCUUCUGGGACAUCAUCUGAUGAAGUCCAGUCUCCUACAGGAGUCUGCCUUAGAAGUCGCAUACAUAGACGGAUCUCAAUGGAGGAUUUAAAUAAGCGGUUAUCAUUGCCUGCAGAUAUCAGAAUACCUGAUGGGUAUCUUGAAAAGUUGCAGAUAAACAGCCCACCGUUUGAUCAGCCAAUGAGUCGGCGGUCUCGUAGAGCUUCCUUAUCAGAAAUUGGGUUUGGAAAAAUGGAAACCUACAUCAAAUUGGAAAAGCUUGGAGAAGGUACAUAUGCAACUGUGUAUAAAGGCAGAAGUAAAUUGACGGAGAAUUUGGUGGCAUUAAAAGAGAUCCGAUUGGAACAUGAAGAGGGUGCUCCCUGCACAGCUAUAAGAGAAGUUUCACUAUUAAAGGAUCUAAAACACGCAAAUAUAGUAACAUUACAUGACAUUGUUCACACUGAUAAAUCUUUGACUCUGGUCUUUGAAUAUCUGGACAAAGACCUAAAACAGUACAUGGAUGACUGUGGAAACAUCAUGAGCAUGCACAAUGUAAAGCUGUUUUUAUACCAAAUUUUACGUGGUUUGGCAUAUUGCCACAGAAGAAAAGUGUUGCACCGAGAUUUGAAGCCACAGAACCUCCUCAUUAAUGAAAAAGGAGAGUUAAAGCUAGCAGAUUUUGGACUAGCCAGAGCCAAGUCAGUUCCCACUAAGACCUACUCCAAUGAAGUCGUCACACUGUGGUACCGGCCUCCUGAUGUGCUUCUUGGCUCCUCGGAGUACUCAACACAGAUUGACAUGUGGGGCGUUGGUUGUAUUUUCUUUGAAAUGGCUUCCGGAAGACCUCUGUUUCCAGGAUCAACUGUGGAAGAUGAACUACACUUAAUUUUCCGACUGCUAGGAACUCCAUCCCAGGAAACGUGGCCAGAUGUUUCUUCAAAUGAUGAAUUCAAGAACUACAACUUUCCAAAAUAUAAACCACAGCCUUUAAUUAAUCAUGCACCCAGGUUAGACUCUGAAGGAAUUGAAUUGAUAACAAAGUUUCUCCAGUAUGAAUCUAAGAAAAGGGUUUCAGCAGAAGAGGCCAUGAAACAUGUGUAUUUUCGAAGUCUGGGACCAAGAAUACAUGCUUUAUCUGAAAGUGUUUCAAUAUUCAGUUUGAAAGAAAUUCAGUUGCAAAAGGACCCAGGUUUUCGAAAUUCUUCUUAUCCAGAGACAGGACAUGGGAAGAACAGAAGACAGAGCAUGCUCUUUUAAGUCUGAUAACAUGGUUUCAAGCCCAGCCCCCCAGCCUUUCUUACCAAUCAAGGACUUGGAUCUGAAGGCAAUUGUUUCUCUCGGUGGACUUGGAAUCGCCGUUUGUCUACACUGUCCUCGUCACAGUGCAGUCUUUUUAUUUCAGACCUACAGAUUGUUUUUAUAUUUGUUGUCACAGUGUGACAAUUUUUUUGUACAGUUGGUUUUAAGGUCUCCUCUGCCAUUAGAGCCAGUAGGUUACAGCUAUUGAUGUAACUGUAGCUGCAAUUUUUGUGCAGGACUGAGAAACACAGUGCAUUAUUUAUUGCGGAAUCAUUGCUGCUAAAUAACUACUGUCUGUUUAUUUAACACAACAGUUGAAUGCCUGAAGAAGUGGCAGUGGCUUUAUUAUAUGUGAAUGCAUCUGUCUCUCCUCACGAAUUGUUUUACUGCUGCAUUUUUGUUUGCUUAUUUGUUUUAAAAUUAAACUGCAGUGUUUCCUGGAAUGAAAUUUAUCGUUGCUUUACAGUAAAAUAAGUAAGCCAUAUUGAACACCCUUAAGUUCAUGUUGUAUGCUUAUUGAAAUUUGGCAAGUAAAGUAGCACAGAGAAAGAUCAGUCCAUGAUGUUUAGAAAAGCAAGUGAUGCAGAAGUUGAUUCCAGUAAGUGAAUACCAGUAAUUUGGGGGUGAGGGGUGGGGUGGGCUCACAUUAGGCUCCAGCCAUGAAAACACCAGAAUUAUUUAUUUCUGUCUAUUCCCCAUUUUAGAAAUUGUUGUUAGGUGCCGUUGAGUUGGUCCGGACUCAUGAUGACCCUAUGUACACGGAAGAGAAACACUGCCUAGUGCUGCGCCAGCCUCAUAAUCAUUGCUGUGCUUGCACCCUCCCUGUAGCCACUGUCAUGGCAUUGAGGGUCCUGCUCCAAGGACUGAUCCUCCCUGACCUUUGUCCACAAUGUGUGCGAUGAAGUCACUUCUGUGGAGCCUUUGGAGCAAGACAGAUAUGUUCGUUCUUCUGGCACCCCAUGGAAUAUUCGAUAUUCUUCCCCAGCAUCGUAACUUACAUGCCUCACUUCUCCUUGAGUCUUCUUUAUUCAUUGUCCAAUGUUUUCAAACCUUUUGGUUUAUAAAUUAGUAAAAUGACUGAUGAAGUAAACAUAUUGAUGCUAUUGAAAAUACUACGAGUCAAACACACCUUUGUCCUCAGGUGACAUCUUUGCUUGUUAGCAUUUUAAACAGGUCCUUUGCAGCAGAGCUGCCCAGUUCAAUCCACUUUUAUUUCUUGAUGGCUGCUCCCAUGGGCGUUGAGUGUGGAGCCAAGUAAAAUGAAAUCCUUGGCAACUUUAUCGUUUCUCUGUAGUCUUGAUACUGUGUAUUGGUUCGCUUGUAGGAUUGUUGUUCUCUUUGGGAUGAGAUGUGAUCCAUACUGAAGGCUGUGGUCUUUGAUUUCCUUCAACAAGUGCUUCAAGCCCUCUUCCCUUUCAGCAAGCCAGGUGGUGUCAUCUGUUUGUCCAUCGGAGGUUGCUCAUGAGUCUUCCUCCAUACCUGUUGCUGCUUUCUUCUUCAUCUAAUCCAGCUUCUCAGCUUAUUUAGACUUUCGAACUAUCUACUGCAUAUUACCGGAUAUUUGUAUAAUAAUACACUUAACUAACUUACAUUAUGCGUUCAUUCAGUUAAACCUAAACCAUACAAGUUCAGUCUGCACACGAAAGUUCUUGCUCACAUUUGUUUUAUAUAUUUUUCUUUUAAUAGAAAGGAUGAUCUUUGGGGAACAAUUUAUUUCAUUGAAGGACUGUGCUUAUGUGUAUGUUUAAUAACAUUCACUUGGAAUCAGCUGAAAGCUGCAAUAUGUCUUUGAAAUGAGCCAUGAUAAACUGCAAUGAGAAAAAUGAGAACAUAGAAGGUUGUUAUAAAGGGUUAUAGGUAUUAUCUGUUUACCAGACAUAGUAUAUAUUUUACAGUUUUGAUUAUGCAUCUCUUUGGACAUUUACACAUACCUUGGUGUUAAUAUCAGUGUUUUAAGCAUUUGUGUUCACUUUUAAGGACUAUUUGUUUAGUGCAUCUUACAAAUUAUAAAUCUUAAUUGGUAUAUUUUGAAUUGGUAAUGUACAUUUUUGGCUUUUAGAUCAUGACAAUAGUCGUAACUUAAUUUUUUUCCUGACUUUCACUGUAAAACAUUCAGGGGCCCUAUCAUUUCUGUUCAGGAAAUCUUGUGGUUUAUUGUUGUUAUUUAACAGUAUUAAGUGAAUUUUUGUAUAUUUCAUUUUAACUUUAUUUGUGAAUAGUGAUUGUGGCAUGUUUGGGGUUAUUUUAAUAUUUCAUGAUACUGCAAUUUUAAUUUUUAAAAACAAAAUAAUUUUCUGGAAGAAACAGACUCAUGUGUCAUUAAUGGUGACUAUUGGACCACUACUGCUUUUCACAUUUGUAAAUUGGUUUUCUGUUAAACCUGUAGCCUAACAAACUGCUGUUAUUUCUAACUGACAGACAUGUAUUACUAUUGUAUUUUGAAGGUUAUAAAUAUUAUGUGGAACUUCCUCCAUUUUGUUUUGAAAUUUAUAAUAACAAAAUCUCCAUGUUGUUAAAAAUGUGGUUUUGUUGAGUCACAGUUCUUUCUUGGGGAAGAAGGCUGUGCAGAAUGGGGUCCAGUUCUUCUGAUAAUGAAGUCUCUUUGUGCCACGAGUGAUUCCUAAGUGUAUCUGUCCUAUGUCUUUGAAGUGAGCCAUGAUAAACUACAAUGAGAGAAAGGAGAACUUAGAUGGUUGUUAUAAAACAUUUUAGGCAUUAACUGAUACCAGAGAUCAUAUAGAUUAUAUACUGUUUGUUACGCCACCCUGUUGUUAUAGGAUGGCAUUCUCAAUUAUAAAGUAUUAGAUUGAUCAUUUUGUAGGAGAUACACAUGUAUGUGCCUCUGUGUUGUGUGUAUAUUUGACCCACAUACAUUUGAUUCUUGCAUCUAUCCAGUAGUUAUCUAAAAUACUGCUCCUUAGAAAGCCCACCGGGCUACUUCAUUUUAUUAACGUUUCAUCAGAAAACAAGUACUUUUGGACACUAGGGCACCCUUUAGAUCCCAGAAACUUUGUAGUAGAGAGAAUUAAAACUCAGAAAAUUUGAACCUC